UGAGUGAAACUGUACGGAUGAAUGGAAACCUCUUGUAUCGAUUUCAAGAACUUUAAAUAAUGUAGCAACUUUGCAUCUGAAGGGGCUUGAAAACAGCAAAAUAUAACUGUACAUCACACCGUCAUGUACCCCAGGGCAAAUGGGUCAAGUAAGUGGCGGAUUUCGAUCGUUUUGUGUUAAUCCGGGGAUCAGCUAAGUUGAAAGGAGAAAGUGUCACUCGAUGCGCCGUGAGUGUGGGGCAGAGGAGGUGGACUUGUUCCCGAGGUGUGAAGUUCUGUCAGUCACCGGUCCGUAGGCGGUUAAAGACCGGGUGGUUGAAUUGGUUAGACCACUGAGAACCGGAGGAAACCUUCGUGGGCAGAGGACAUUCUUGGUUUUCAGCACUGAAAUUCCUAGUUUCUUCAUUGAUUCUUCAGUCAUGUCAGUAUUGUUUUAUCUUCAAAUAAAGAGUAUUGAGAGUCCAAAAUUUUAGGACUAAUUUUUGAUCAGCCGUUGAUAAGUUAGACCUGUGUUGAAACAAAGAAGAACUUUUAACGUCGGGCUGAUGUUGUGAUGAGUAAUGUUCACAUCUUUAGCCCAGAGGAAGGUCAGAAAGAUUCUUCAGUUUGGAAGUGAAAAUGUGAAACAUCUUCAUGUGUUCUUGAAGUACACUUCUGUUCUAAUUUGGGCAGUUUUACAGCUUCAGCAAGCUUCGACUGUUAAUUGAUGCAUUGAUGAGCAAUGAGCAGUAAAAGCAACAACACGUUUUUGUUGUCACGUGAAAUCUGUAAACUGUACAAACUUUCCUCUGGAUACAACAAUCUGUGUUCAUACAACCCGUUCCCUUGGGAGAUCAGAUCUAUUCAGAGACUUGUGCGAUAGUUUCCAACGGGUAAAGAAUUCGGAAACCUGCCCUCAAGCCCAGCAGGUAGCAACAGCUCAAUUGAAAGCUGAUUUUCAAUGCUCUCCCCGAGUACAAUAACCGUGGUACUGCAUCGCGUUAACCCCCGACAAAGGUGCAUCCAGUUUCAUCAGUUAGGGUAAUUAAGUUCCGAUGUGUAGACCUGUCAAUCAGAGGAGACAUCACUGUGCACUUUGCCUCUGAAGCGUUGAGAAAGUUGUAAUGAGUUUUUUUUUUCAGUUGUAUUUUCAACAACAAAGUCAGCAGAGCAUACUGCCACUGGAGUGUUAGGAGUUUUACUGUGUUUCGGUGGACUGGUUAAAGUAGAGGUUUUGGUGAUCUAGAUGUCUGGGUUUAAUUGUACGUGACUGAUUUUUAUUUGGUCAAAGGGCGCUGGUGCCAUGAAAAUGACGCCAGGGUUUUACAACCAUUUUGGAAUCUACUACCUUGCGCCUACUGUGCUGUAAAUUUGCUGGACAACUGUGCAAAACCCACAUCUCCAUGUACAGCAGGGGUGUGACUACGGACUAAGUCAACAGAACGCCUUUUACAGCAUCAGCCCAAAUCAAAUAGUGUGAUUGCCAGCACUGGAAUCAAGUAGCUACUACAGCCUGGGAAUGAAGCAUUGUUUGAACGAAAGAGGUUUACAAUAGCCCUGUGUUUACUUAGACGUAAUGAGCCUACAAAGUGAAUUGUUUGCCGAGAAACCUUAGCCAGCAAGACACUCAGUAACUCAAGCUACACUGUAACCAGAUACACACAGGCAUAAAUAAGGCUUUAAAGUACACGCCAGCAUUUAAGCUAGUGCUCCAAGUGUGCUUAUAUGAAUCUAAAAAUGGUCUACUGUACUCGGACAAAAACGAUAUGAUUUUGAUCGGGAUUAAUUCAGUGCUUCAGUUGCCGGAGAUGACGUCUGCAGGUUUCCAAUGGUUCCAUCAUGGAAAUGACCGUGGGUUUCUCCUUGUCCCAGCCAGCUCAGCGUCGGUGGAAUUUCACGCUUCAUUUGCCGGAGUUUGUACAAAAGGAUAUUCACCCUCUGGAGUUAAGUCACUGCAGGCCAGAAUAAUUGGAGUGUUUUGAAAGUAGCCAGUGGUGGGUUUGUAAUUUGGAAGUUUGAUUGGUAAUUCUGCGACUGGGAAAAGGUGUUAGGUCUAGUUGUGAUAAACAGCAUGUGAGUGAAAGUUGUUGAGUAUGAUGUCGUCGCUUCGCCAAAUUGUCUUCAAAUAUACUGGGAAUUUCACAUCAGCGGUUGGAAAAUUGAAGUCCGCAAUUGGAAUAGGACAGCCAGAGAAUAUAUUGAAGUUUCAUGAUUCUGUAGCGGUAAUGUAACAACUAACAUCACAACACAUUACUGCAACUUGUCGACAUUGAUGUUACUGCACUAGUUUUUUCAAGAUUGACAAGCACUGUACUUCAGAUGUGAUGGUCUGGACUUAGUCCACGGAAUUUUCAAAUCUGUUGCAAGUGGCAAGCUUUGUGUCUGUGGCUGAUUGGACUUCAGUCGUGAUAACUAAUUUGCAAAAUUUGAAUCAGACAUGACAACCGCGAUCUGUCGUAGAGACAGGACCACCCAAGAAUCAGACAAGUAUGUAACAGCCACAGCUGAGAACAAGUUCUUGGAAUGAGUAAACUAUUAGCGAUGGAAAAAUGACGUAGUGAAUUAUCCAUACUUCCGACGAAAACUGCGCAAAGAAAUCCUCAUCGAGAUGAGCUAUCUCUUUGAGCCGCUACCCACACUCCAAGAAGACGAAGAGUUGGUAUCACUGACAGACAUCUUGGAUCUUCGUCAUGGAUGUCUCAGGGAGGCAGAGAUGUGGGCAGUGUGUAAGGAGUGCGUCCUGUCGUUGGAUGGGUUCCGGAGGGCUUCGGUGGACCAGUUUAGUAAGCUGUGUCUGUGUGCGGACACGCUGGCGUUUGACGGUGGAGGCUGUGUAUGCUUCAUUGAUACAGAUGUUGUGGACAAUAAUUUCAGACCACCAGAGUACUCAGCCAAGAGGGGUACGACACUCAAGGGUCACCUCUACUCCCUGGCGCGCACUCUCCUGGAAGCUGCCGAGUAUUGCCUGCCGGACGAGGACGAGGCCGAGAUCAGCCAACCAUUGUAUGACCUCGUCAAUCAGCUGUCAUUGGAGGAUCCAGACAAGAGGCUAGACGUCCACGAGAUCGUCAAGACAUGCGAGAGGAACUUGAGAGAUCCUUCCACUUUCCUCUGUCGGCAACUGUCCUCCAUCAGCAGACGGAGAAUCUCCAUUGAUUCCUGCUAUGAUUUUCCAGCUCAUGAUGAAUCCCUUCUGAACAGAAGACGGUCUUCCACAGCUAGUCAGGUGCUAUUCUCCAGAAGACAUAGUCUCAGCAAUGGCACGAGUUGGGAUUCCCUCAGCCCCUCCGAUGUCUUCAACAUUCCGUCUUCUGCUUCCCCUUCCCCAACCCUUUUGAGGAGUCUGAGCCCGAACACAAAAACUGUAAAAAUGGCCGACGAGAAACGGACUAGGGGUUUAGACCCACCAGAGGAAAAGCCCCUGAGAGAGGCACCCACAGCGGCCACCCUGAAUAACCUGUCACAACGAGCCCAGGACAUUCUGAAGAAGAUAUACUCCACUAGUGAAAGCCAGUCAGGGGCCGGAAAAGUCACAAAUGGUGGUGGUAGAGGAACGUCCGAGAACAAGCGGUCCCCUGUUAUGAAGAGGCAUAACAGUGUAGCUACCAUGGGAAGUUCUUACUCUGGGGAUAGGCUUGGGUCUAAGAGAAACAGCGAUCCCGUGACAUUAGGUUACCCUUUGUCCAAGACAGAACCUGAUGUCCCAGCAAUAACAGUGUCAGCAGUGCACACAUAUGGAGAUGGGACAAAUAGCGAUGGCGCCUCCACUCCAAAUUCAGUUAAAGUCUCUGCUGCUCUGGCCAGAUUCUUGAAGUCACACAAGCAGCAGUAUGAAGAAAAAAGUGAUGAAACUGGAACAGGUGACCAAACGGGGUUGAAAAGUGAGGUGCCAGGAGACUUGAGAAGCGAAAGUGGAGAUGAGAACUCAGGGAGCACUGAGCCCUUAUCACCCCUGGGUACGGAGGAUUUCUCUCUGCUGGAGGGAGGUAUGAUCUUGGAUGAUCCCUGGCUGGACGAUGAGGAAUCCGAAGCAGAGGGUCCUGUUGAGUUUAAGAGGACGUUACGCUCGCACAGCAUCGCCGCUUUUCAUUCCUUUGAGCCGCGCUCAUCAGCUUUCCGUCUGAACCAGAACCAUUCCAGCAAAUCAAACUUAAGCUCUAAAUCAAGCCGCUCCAGUCUUGACAACAUCACAGAGGAGAAGAACCCAAAAACCAACACAGGAACCAAAAGUAUGGCAGCUAAGAGAGCGAGACGGAAAACGGAAAGCAUCUCUGGAACGGACCUGUCGUACAAUUCCAUCCGGGAUCUGAACAAACUUCAGGACUUUUUUGCCAAUCGCCGAAGCAGCAUUGCUGACUUCCGAGCUCAGGCAAGCCUGGUGUCCUCCGCAACUCACUUCACUCCAAUCAUUGUCUCUGACGAGAAAUCCGGCAGCACCAAGAGUCUUACUCGCUCCACCAGUUCCCCAAAUGUUGCAGAGGCCAAAGCUAAAGCCAAAGCUGCCAUGGAGGCAAUCAAGAUGGAUCUGAAAGCCCCCAAGAAGCAACCACCGCCCCCUAAUAUGCUUGAGUCACUUGAAAAUGAUGCCAUGGCAAGCAGAGUUCCAUCACCUUCUAAUCAAACCAACCAGAGCCCUGAAAAACUUCAGGAAGACUCAAACAAAACAGAUACUAAAAAUACAGAACAAUCUGUUUUGACAGUGGAACCAGCACUAUUUCCUAUAUCAAAACCUGAAAUUGUCACAAAAGACGAAAAUGCUAGUGAGAGGACUACAGAGCCGCAAAACCUCCAAGUUGAUAAGCGGAAAUUUUCUCUAGAAGCAGAGGCAAUUACAUUGAAAGGCAGCUCCCAAACUGAUCAGAGGAAUGUAUCCAGAGAUAGUGCAAGCAGUGGAGAGACUCGAGUGCAGAAAGCUAAGGUGAAGGUUGUUCAGGGAUCGCCAAUUAGUCGCGAAAGUGCCUUCUCUCCCAUCCAGAAGCCUCACAGGCCAUCUCUGGAAUCUCAAACGGCAUCCAAACCUGAACAGAUACAAAGCAUUGCAGAAGUCCCAGCCUCAUCUAGCCAACCGACCACAGUCAAGCCAAUAGCCUCCCUUCAAAUGAAUAACCAAACUUUGUCAGCCAAUCAAAACAAGGCUUCUGAAAUCUUGGCCAAUCAGCCACAGAAUGUGCCAACAACUCAGUCCUCUGCAUUUGCAGCCAUUUAUCAGAACAACCUCCUUGGUCAGAUGUCGCCAUUGAGGUUAGCCAGUCCUCAAACCAUGCAUCCAAUAACCAACCCUCCUGUAGCUGCCGUUCCAAGCAUGGCAGGUAGUCCUAGUGGGGCUGUCAUCCCAAGCUUUCCCCUCAAGGUCCAACUUCAACAGGACCCAGCCACUGGACUCUUCCACGUCCUUCCCGUGGACAUCCAGGGCUCCCCUGUUGUUUUUCAGGGGUCACCUGUGAUAUGUCAAGCCUCCCCUACAAUAUCUCAAGCCUCCCCUGCAAUAUCUCAAACCUCCCCUGCUUUAUCUCAAGGGUCACUUGCCAUCCAGGGAGAUUCUACCAUUACACCAGGUGAGGUAUCCACUGUAACAAUCCAAGGGUCCCAAGUGAUUACUUCAGGCUUAGCUGUGAACAAAACUCCAGCUACCUCUGCAAACAAAACUACUGCCAUGUCGAACAUCAAGACAGACAGCCGGAAUUACUGGACACGCCUGAAAAGUCCUGGUGCAAGUAGCGAUGGAGAGAGUACCUGUAUCCCCGUGACUCCUGAAAUGCCUCGGAAGGAUACUGCUGAACGGAAACGAGAACAGAUGAAGAAGCGCCACGAGAAACCUAAACACUUUGUGUCGCCUUCUAAACGGAUCCCUGCCAGGGGAGCCCUGAAUAAGGCCAGUGAGUCAGAAAGCAGCGAGUCUUCAUAUCUAGAAACCCUCCGCUUGAAAAGCUCCCCGAAGGUUGUACGCAAGAAACCAACCAAAACAUCCUCAUCUCACAGUGAUCCUGAUCGGGCGCGGGAGAGAAACCACGAACGCAGCAAGACCCACAACCACGAUAAAGUGGGUAAACUUGACGACUCCAAAUCCCGAAGUAAAUCCUGCGAGAGGCCAAAGGUUUCACUUUCCAUCCACAAAACGGACACUAAGGACGUUCCCCGUAAAACUCUGGAGAAAUCGGGAAUGAAAUCUAGUCAUUCUGCAAGACCUCACGUAAGCCACAAGCCGCGCGACAACCAUGCUUCCAGGAAACCAAACUAUUCCACCGAUGACAUUGACGAUACUCGUCCCAUGGAUCCCUCCAACAAUCACGCCUCAUCACCUAUCUCCAUGUCCUCCCUGUCGAGAGACAGUGGGGUGAAUCUGCGCUAUAGCAUGUCCAGCGGAGAGGAGUUACCUACAGUAUCGGAGGUACAGCUUGCCGAUGCGUUACAAGGAAAUGCGACGCUCAAGAAGGUUAUUAAACUGAUCAGACAAGCCUUUGCCUAUGACGGGUACUUGGAGAAUGGAGUUGAAGACUUAGCCAUGGCUGAGUACAUCACAUCGCUGGGCAAGCUGAGCUGGCAAACCUUCAACAAUGCCAUCUCGGAGAAAUUCUGCGAUCUCUACUGGGAGGAGGAACUUGUAGGAGAUCUUUACGAAGCAGUCAACGGACAGAAACCACCCAUUAGACCCACGAGCAACACAACAAAUAAACACAGGUCAGCAGUGCCUAAGAAGCCGCCGCGUACAAAAUCAAGUAGAGAGGGGCACACACCAUCCAGACAGAAAGCAGCAUCUGCAACGCAAAGUGAAAAACACAGAGCGCACACUGUAGAGAAGAAGAUGCCACCAGGCUCUGCCUUGACAAAGAGCAAAGCAGAGGUGGACAGAAGAUCAAAAGUGACAGUGGCAAAGAGUCAAGCUCCUGAGGAAAAGAAACAGGCCACGGCGACAAGACAAGAAAGUGACUCGAGGGAGAAAAGUUUGGGAAGUCAGGAAGAAAAUAAAAAGGCACGAGAUGCAAGGCUGGGCAAAGAAGAGCAAAGGACUGUUCCAGUCUUGAAACCAAAUCGGACAGCUCUGAGGAGUGGUUUUGCAGCCAGUGAGAGUAAGACGAAGUUGUCUCCACCUCGGGAAGGGAAAGUCUCUACUUUACGUCUUGAGCCCCGUGCUGCUGAGGAAUCUCAUGAGCAAGGCAGGAAAGCAGGCACUGGAGAUUCGGAGCUUAUGACAGAUCCAGGGAAAAAUGAAAGUUAUGAUGGAAAUGACCUACGUCAGAGGAGACCAGCUGUUGUGGCCAUGGUGGGCAACAAGUCACAAGGUAGUCCAUUGCGAUUAAAUAGUCCAGAACUUGCCAAGGAUUUGGGGACAAAUGGCCGAUUCGGUGGCAGAAACGGGAUGCUGAUGCAGCGACAAGAUGAGCCUCUGAGGAAAAUGGAUGGGAUACAGAACACUACAGAUGAGUCUCUGCAAAUGAGCCCAUCACUUGAGGAUUCCUCUAUAGAUCUAAAUGCAUCCCGGACCAGUCUCACAAGCAGUCUUGCCUCUAGCUCCAUCCUCAGUCCGGAUAAGAUCUCCCAAGACGACCCAAACAGCAGCUUGAAUGCAUCCCUGACAUCCAGUCACUUCACACCUUCCUUCUUAAACUCUCCAACAUCUCCAGUCCAUCGUUCUACCUCAGACUCCAGUGACUCGACCAAUCGUAAGAUCCGGGAGAUGCUCAGCAAGUCCCUGAAUCGCCGAGAGAGUCAGGGCUCGCUCAGCAGCACCUCAUCCGGUAACUCGCGCUCGCAGUUCAACAACUCGGACACCAUCUCCCUGCCUUCCAUGAGUUCCUUCAGUGAGUCUGUGGACGAGUCGAGGUGCGGACUACCCAGCGGGGUGUUGUACCGAGGCGAGAGUGUAGACCCAACCGUUGAGGCUUACACACAGCAGCUUACUGGAGCCGGAGGGACACAGCAUAACGUUGAUGCUAAGAUUGCAGAUGUUGAGCAGCAGUUGAUGAUGGAGAAGAGAAUGAGAAGUAAGACGGAGAAAUUCUACCGCAAACUGCUCCACAACCAACAAACAAAAGGGGCUGACAACAAGAGCAUGGUGACCAAAGUCGGCAAGCAGGCCCUGGAGAUGACCAAGAGAAUAGAGUUCCUAGAGUCCUCUAGAAAACACCUAGAGAUGCUGUAUGCUGAACAGUGGGGACUGGAGCUAUGCUUUCUGUAUUCACUGGCAACGAGUUCUGGAAGGAUGAGCCUUGACCUUCGACCUGUUGAUGACAACCCAUUGCUAGCCUUCAAGACCAGCCGCAAUAAAGUGUCUCUCCAAGCAGGCCAGCCUGCCGGCUUCUUCACAUUUCUCUAUGCUCGGCAUGCACUUCUUCAAGGCUUUCUGCAUCAUUUCUUCUACACCUAUCACUACUACACCACAUCUCAGGAGCUGCUCCAAUUCAUAGCCAACAAGUUUGCCUCUGCCCUGGGUAUGAGCAGUCAGCAAGCUGAGAAUCGGAAUAAGAUCCUGAAUCGUACCUUGGACAUUCUUCAAGUCUGGGUGGAAGGUUUCUUUGAUGUCGACUUCAAAGCAAACCCUCAGCUUCUUCAGGAUGUGCUUGUCUUUAUCUCUGAUAAGAUUCUGCCAGUUGAUUCCAACGGUCAGUGUCUUAUUCAGUUGAUUGAGAAACGCCAGCAAGACCGGCCAGGCACCAGUCUACUGGUUGCUACACAGAGAGAAGAUAUUAGGGACCAGUUACCAAUGGACAAGGUUUCAGGAUCCAAAGACUCCAAAGGCAUCCUUGGUGUCUCCGGGCGCGGCAGACUGAAGGCUGGCAUCAUGUCCUGUCUCUCCAAGAAAGACUCCUCCAAGCAGAUCGAUAGUGCCUACCUCCCGGCAGGAUCCAUGGAGAAAGAUGGCUUCUCACUCAGUGAUCAUACCUCAAUGAGUAUCGCGCAUCAACUUACACUUCUACAACAGGAGCUUUUCCACUGCAUCCAUCCCGUACACUACCUCAACUCACGCAGCAAAGGCAUAGGAGUCAACACUAAUAACUACGACACGGCUGGAGGCAAAGGCCAACCCACCCCCGAUGCCGGUGAGGCGCCCAGCUUGUUCGUUAUGUCGCUGGGUGAGGAUGGAGCUGUGAGGGCGCUGUUGGAUCACUCCAAGGACGUCUCACACUGGGUGUCGGCUGAGAUUGUUAGCUGUAGCUCUACCAAGAGCCAGCUGGUCCUCCUGUCUAAGUUCAUCAACGUAGCCAAGGCUUGCUACGACCUGAGAAACUUUGCCACCUGCGUCCAAAUCCUGGACGCCCUAGAUAGUCUCAUUGUCAGACAGGUCCCUGCUUGGCGCAACCUCCCGUCCAAGGUAGUCACGUUAUACGAGGAGCUCUGUGAAGGCAAGGUCCUCCUCCAAGGUGACAGCGAGUCUCUCGUCAAGGCCGACGCCCACAAAGGCUCCCCUACCUUACCCCCUACCCUGCUCUUCCUGAUGCAUGUCCAACAACUGGAGAUUGGAGGCUUCAAGCUUGCUAACGGCAUGUACAAAUGGACCAAAAUGAAAUCCAUCGCCAAGUUUGUGGACCAGAUCCGCGUGUUCCAAGAGCACGCCUACACCUUUGACGCCAACAGAGAGCUGCAGGACCUGCUGAGGCAGCGUGUCUUAGAAUCCUGUGAUCAGGACAUUCACGUCUUGGCUGCCAGACACAGCUCCAACGUCCAUCAGUUGCAGUCUGAUAAGAGCUCGCGCAGGCUGCAGAACGCAUUCCAGAAAGUACGAGCAACGCUGCACUAAACGGGAUACGACAUCAAUAGUAGGUUUUGCCUUUCACCGACGUAUAAAAACUGUGUUACCUCCCGAGUGAAAGUUGGAAAAAAUCUCUCGGGUGGGACUCGAACCCACGACCUCCUGCUUUCUAGUGCAGAUGACAUUGCAGACAAGAAAUCUGUUAAAUGUUCGUAGUCCUUUUCACGCGAUCCUUUCAUAUGUGAGUAUGUCCGUUUUGUAUCUUUCUUUUCUACAUUCCGUCCAAUGUCUUUCGCUUUAUAUUAUUCAUUAGAAAUAUCACCAGUUUCCUUCGCUUUAAGUAUUCAGUUUCAAUUCAAAUGCGAAGAUGUGGAAGUUAUUCUAUAUGCCAAGACCUAAACUUGAAAAAAUUUAAUUGUUUUGAUGUCAUUCGUCCAUGACACAGCUGAAGUGUAUAUCUUUAAAGCCGGAUAUUUAUUGGUACUUAUUGCGCUCCGUCCUUUCAAUGUAUUGUAUGUGAUGGCUUUGUGAUGAAGGUACAUUUGUUUCAAGACAAGAGCUAUUUUAGGAAGUAAUGUGUACGUUGAGAUUUUCCUUUUAAUGUAAAUAUAUUUAUUUUUGCCAAAAGUAUUUGUACAUAUUCUGAAAUAAAUAUGAGUUUAUGUAAAAAACAAUUGUUUAAAUGAUUAACUACAAAAAGUUAGUGUAUUUAUGGGUAACCAUUUUAUGAAAUGAGAAAGUGUUUAUCUUUUGCAUGAAACUUGUCGAUUAAAUGUUUGAAGAGUAAACAAAAAUUUGUAAGGGGUUAACCUUACAAUUGAA